GGGCCUUAUUUCAGAGCCUCCGACCCGCUCCUAAACUCAGGGUUUUUAGAGAAACCUUCCGUCGCUCUGUCGCGACGCACUGGGCCGACUUUCCUGUUUGGAAAUGGCCCGAUGCAGAAGAAUGAAACGUGUUCUCUGAGCCGUUCCUCCUCCCCUUCCCCCGCCCCACCGCGUCGGAAGGCGGGGCCCGGGAAGGCGUGGGCUCUGCGUACGCGCAGCGCGGCCCAUGUGGAACCGGCGCAGGGACGACCAUUCUGAAGACAGGAGGAGCUGAUGCCCAGAGCAGCACGUGACUGGUCUUCAGAAUGGCUGCGGCCCCCCAGGCACCAGGGAGGGGCUCUGUGCGGAAGACCAGACCUUUACCUGUGAAGACAUCAUUGAAUAACCCGUAUACCAUCCGCUGGGGUGCCCUGGACAGGGAGGAUAUGCAUUUCAUACUACAGACCCUGGAGGACAGGAUUAAAUCUCUCGGGCUUCAGAAGACUGAGGACAGGAAGAGAAAGAGAAAGCAGCCCGCUUUGAAAACACAAAGCGGAGACACGUGCAGCAUGGAUGUGGACACUGGUGAGGGUCUGAAGGAGGAAAAGCCAGAAGGUGAGCCCCAGGCAUCAGGGUGGACCCCUGCCGACGUCAGAAAGCAGCUUGCCAUCGGGAUCAACGAGGUCACCAGAGCCUUGGAGAGGAACGAGCUGCUCUUGGUCUUGGCGUGCAAGUCGGCCAAGCCGGCCAUCGUCACCGCGCACCUGGUGCCGCUGAGCGCCAGCAGAGGUGUCCCUGCCUGCCAGGUGCCCCGGCUCAGCGAGAGGCUCGCACCCGCCAUGGGCUUGACGUGCGUCCUGGCCUUGGGGUUCAAAAGAAACACCGCUGCCUUUGCAGAGGAAGUGAGGGCCAUCAUCCCCAGGGUCCCCCGUCUGGACGUGCCGUGGCUCCGAGACACACUUGAAGACCCCAGGGAGAACCCGGAGAUGGAGUCUUUGGAAAGCCAAGACAAAGAGAUUUUGGACACUUCCUUCGAAGACCUCCCUAAAUCCAAGAGAAAGCUUGCUGAGGGUCAGCAGGCUGCAGUGUUACAACCCCUGAAAAUAAAGAAACUGAUUCCAAACCCCAAUAAGAUAAGGAAGCCACCCAAAAGUAAAAAAACAGCUUCAAAGUAACCUUGUAUAAACCUGUCACUUCAUACAGUUGUAAAACGCCACCUCGUAGAGAAGCCGCGAAUAAAAUGACUUUUACAUAUAUUCUUGGGACAC